AUGUGGACUAGAGCUUACGAUUCAGACCUCCAGCAGUACUACUUCAUCAAUGAUGAAGAUAACUCGAUUUCGUACGAUCUGCCCUGUGAAGUACAGUACACACCGGAAAUAAAAAGUGUUAAAUCCGGACCUUUUUCAUCUUUGAAAAGAAAGAAGUCCUCCUCAUCUGCAACUUCAUCAUGUUGUAACUUUUCAAAAAAAUCUCCAUCUUCAGCAUCUGUCUCAUCAUCAUCAUCAUCAUCAUCGGUAUUGUCAAAGAUUACUUCUGUUCUUUCGAGAAAGUCAUCGAACUCCGGUAAUAAGUCAAAGAAUUCUAUCUCAAGAUCAAUGUCUGCAUCAUCAUCAUCAUCGCAGACUUUGAAUAAUGAGGAGUAUUCAGAAGAGGUAUUUAACCAAUAUAACUUACCAAUUGAGACUAUGAAAUCUCUCGAUUUCAAUACUGCAUCAUUUGAAGACUCCAACUCAAUAAUAAGUGGUCUCGAUGAUGAAUAUCUUUUGGAAAACCCAAUAAAUUACAGAGGAAAUGUAGGGAAGAAUUUCUUCAACGGAUAUCAAUCAGACGAAGAAUCUUUAUCUGAAGAAUCGAUUCACAGUUACUACUAUGAAAAUUCUGGAGAGGAAUAUUACGAAUACGAAGAUGAAUCAGUUUAUGACUUCGAAAAAGAAAAAGAAAGACUUGAACUCAGAAUGCAAAUUCGUCAAGAGCUCGAAGCUUAA